AUGCCGCCCGGUCGCCUUUCCGCCCAGCUGCGCUUCUACGGCAUCCCCUUUACUUCCAAGCACACGCGCAGCGACCUCUUUGGCGCGCUCGAGGCCGCGCACAAGGCACGCAAGGUAGGUGACGUUACCAACAAGGCCAUAGGCCACCGUGUGACCAGCGGUGUUUAA